UUACCAUUAUUCGCGUUAGCUUAAUUUCAAGCCCUCAAAGACUUUUUUAUGGAAAAAGCAAAGAAACCCUUCACUGAUAACUCCAUAACUGAGCUUAGAGAAUCAUCAAACACCAAAACCAACAAAGACCCAUCAUUUUAUCUCCAGAAUCUGCGUCGAACCGAAGCAACAAAAACAGGUCGUUCAACAUCAAAGGUUGCUCUCACGGUCACUGUACUCACUGCAUUCCCAUGGUCAAAUAUGUAGCUUUCUAAACUUCAAGGAACACUGAGUAAGGUUGUAAAAAGAAUCGGAAUGUCCAACUUGUAGGAAACUGUUUACUGGGAUUUUUUUUUUUUUUCAAUGUGGGGAAUUUAAAGAUGAAAGGGAAGAUAUGAUGUUUGAUGAAAGGUUGCUAAGGACAAGAAGUACCAAAGAAAUGUCAAAUCCUGAAGUAUUUGGAGAUUGUGAACUGUGAGCUUUGUAUAUAAAACAAUGGAUGAUUAUCUCGAUCAGUAUUUCGCUUCUUUGUCUUGGUCGGAUGUGAAUUUUAAGGAAAGAUCACCUUGGGUUCUUAGUGAACCUGAUCAGCCAAAUGCACUGCUGCCUAGUUCACCUAUAAGCAUGAUCGGUUCGAACCACGGGAUGGAGUGCUUAGCUACACAGAGUACUCCUCUAGGUGUUGGACCGCAAACAAAUGGCGAAAGUUUGGGACUGCAGUUUAAUGCAGGUGUUCAUUCCUCUGGUUCAUUAAAGGGUCUUCAAGUUGUCGGUGAUAUGACCACCCUGUCUCAAUCAUUUAACGAGGGAGGGAAUGUACUAUGCAAUGGAGGUGAAUCUUCUGAAUUUCAGAGAUCACUUACAGGCUUAGAAACCCUUUGUUCGAUACCGCAAUUGUGGCAUCCACAACCCUAUGAUGGUCUAAUUUCUUCCCUUCCUAUGGGACAAACCCAAAUGCAAAGCUCUAGUCUUCAAGGAGAUAAUGGAAAUGUUGAUGAUGGCAAUAUUAACAGAUUUGUUGAAAUCGAUAAAUUUCUGCAACUCGAGAACUUAUCCGCAUCGAUCAAUGCAAAGGAAAAACAAGAUAUGCAAAAUUCUUGUUACUCGUCUUUUCCUGCCGACCGUCCGAUGACAGAUAUGAUGAUAGACUUACCAUCUCUGCUGCAGAGUUCAUCACCUGCACCGAACAAAGGCUGCAAUGGAACUGGGAAGCCUCAAGUUAGAGCACGUCGAGGUCAGGCUACUGAUCCACACAGCAUCGCAGAGAGGCUUCGAAGGGAGAAGAUUGCUGAAAGGAUGAAGAAUCUGCAAGAACUUGUACCGAACUCCAAUAAGACUGACAAGGCCUCUAUGCUUGACUCAAUCAUCGAGUACGUCAAGUUCCUUCAACUCCAAGUCAAGGUACUAAGCAUGAGUAGGCUAGGAGCAGCAGGGGCAGUAGUUCCUCUCAUAACUGAUGGCCAAGCUGAGGGAUCUAAUGGCUUGACACUAACACCCUUGGCAAUGGGAAGUGAUGGAGUUGAUUGUUCACCGUCUCCCGAACAAGUUGUUUUUGAACAAGAAGUGGUGAAACUCAUGGAAUCCAAUGUGACAAUAGCCAUGCAAUAUCUGCAAAGUAAAGGUCUAUGCAUUAUGCCGAUCGCGCUUGCCGCUGCCAUAUCCAACGGGAAGGCAUCGUCCUCGUCAUCAUCAGGUCCUGUUUCCGAGGAAAGGAAGAAAUUCGGUUUCACCAACAGUGUUAUAAGCAAUGAUGAUAGAGUUCACAACACCACCACCUGCAGCAGCAGCAGUGACAGUGGUGUUCGGAAUUCCAACAGUAGUAACAGCAGUGGCACUGGCAACUUGUCUGGUGUUGGGAUUCAUCAAUCAACCUCUGAUGGUAAUUUCAUGAUUGAAAAGAUCAAUGGUUGCAAUGGUACCUUUAAACAAGAAGUCAACACUUUGUGUACUGCCAAAUGACUGAAAAUCCCAAACCAUGGAUGCUGGACUUACAUUUAACAAAGUAGUUAUUGGACUUCCAUUGUCUUCUUUGUUCUCUAUGUUUUGCUUUUUCCUUCCAGGAAAGUGUAUGCUAAUAUAUGUACAUAUAAUCAUGUUAUAUAGACUAUGGUUAAAGUUUACCAUAUAA